GCGGCGGCGGCGGCGGGAGCUCCUCCUCCGGCCCUGCCCCCGAGACGCCGCCCGCCCGCCCGCCCGCCCGCCCGCCGCAGCACCAGCGGGGGCCGCGCGCCGAGAGGAGGCCGGGCAGGCUCUCCCGGCCGGGCCGCCGCCAUGGGCGAGGGGGAGCCGCUCAGCAUGGCCGACUACCUGAUCAGCGGCGGCACCGGCUACGUGCCCGACGACGGCCUCACCGCCCAGCAGCUCUUCGCCAUCGCCGACGGCCUCACCUACAAUGACUUCCUGAUCCUUCCGGGCUUCAUUGACUUCACAGCAGAUGAGGUGGACUUAACUUCGGCGCUGACCCGCAAAAUCACCCUGAAGACCCCACUCAUUUCCUCCCCCAUGGACACCGUCACCGAGUCCGAUAUGGCCAUCGCUAUGGCGCUGAUGGGCGGGAUUGGGAUUGUCCAUCACAACUGCACCCCGGAAUUCCAGGCCAAUGAGGUCCGUAAGGUCAAGAAAUUUGAGCAGGGCUUCAUCACAGAUCCGGUGGUGCUGAGCCCCACGCACACGGUGGGCGACGUCUUCGAGGCCAAGGUCCGGCACGGCUUCUCGGGCAUCCCGGUCACAGAGACGGGCAAGAUGGGCAGCAAACUGGUGGGCAUCGUCACCUCUCGAGACAUCGACUUCCUUUCGGAGAAGGACUACGGCACCGCCCUCUGCGAGGUCAUGACCAAACGCAACGACCUGGUGGUUGCUCCAGCCGGCGUCACCUUAAAAGAGGCAAAUGAGAUUCUUCAGCGGAGCAAAAAAGGCAAACUGCCCAUUGUGAACGACGUGGACGAGUUAGUGGCCAUCAUUGCCCGCACGGACCUCAAAAAGAACCGCGACUACCCGCUGGCCUCCAAGGACUCGCGCAAGCAGCUGCUCUGUGGGGCGGCCAUCGGCACCCGCGAGGACGACAAGUACCGCCUCGACCUCCUCAUGCAGGCGGGGGUGGACGUGGUCGUGCUGGACUCCUCUCAGGGAAACUCGGUCUACCAGAUCAACAUGAUUCACUAUAUCAAGCACAAGUACCCGGAACUGCAGGUCAUUGGUGGCAAUGGAUGCACAGUCGUGACAGCCGUGAGCCAAGAACCUGAUACGAUGCGAGGUGGGCAUGCCUUGGCGUUGGCAUGGAGCUGCUUGGAUCCAUCUACCGCAUCACACCUGGAGAGGGUGGAGGAGUCCCUGCCAGGGGGAGAGGGGGCAGGCUCAAUUGUAGAAACUGGGGCAGCUGCACCAAAGCAACCUCUGACCCUGUGCAGAGGACAGUUUUCUCGCCACUGGAAAAUCACAGACGGUCAGUUUGCCUCCAGCCCGGCUGCUGUGGCCGAGGGUGGCCUUCAGCUGUUUACAAAGCAGCCUGUGGUCAGGAUCGUGAUGGCGUGUGGCCGACCUCAAGGCACGGCGGUCUACAAAGUAGCCGAGUACGCCCGCAGGUUCGGCGUGCCCGUGAUUGCGGAUGGCGGCAUCCAGACCGUGGGCCACGUGGUGAAGGCGCUCUCGCUAGGAGCCUCCACCGUCAUGAUGGGCUCUUUGCUGGCGGCCACGACAGAGGCCCCGGGCGAGUACUUCUUCUCGGAUGGGGUCCGGCUGAAGAAGUACCGAGGGAUGGGGUCCCUGGACGCCAUGGAGAAGAACAGCAGCAGCCAGAAGCGCUAUUUCAGCGAAGGGGAGAAGGUGAAGGUGGCGCAGGGCGUCUCGGGCUCCAUCCAGGACAAGGGGUCCAUCCAGAAGUUCGUGCCCUACCUGAUUUCUGGUAUCCAGCACGGCUGCCAGGACAUCGGCGCCAAGAGCCUCUCUGUCCUGCGGUCCAUGAUGUACUCCGGAGAACUGAAGUUUGAGAAGCGGACCAUGUCGGCCCAGAUCGAGGGCGGCGUCCACGGGCUCCACUCAUAUGAGAAGCGGCUGUACUGAAGACGUCUCCCGGAGCAGCAGCCAGCGACCGACACCCAACGUCCCCGCCCCCCUUGCCACCACCGGCUGCCGCCGCAGCUGAGCCUCCGGGCCCUGGCACGCCAGCCGGGCCUGCGGGCAGAGACUUGCACUAUGGACCACCACGUCCUUCGAGGCCAGCCCCGGGGGUUUGGGGCAACCUCUCCGUCACGGGCAAGACCUGCAGAGAGCGACGGCCUGAGACCUUCCCUGGGGGUGUGGGGGGGGAGGGGGUUGGGGUGGUGUGAACCCAGCCCCCCCUACUGUUCUUUGGUGACAGGAGAGGGGCCAGCCCUCAGAAGCCUUCCAGUAGGAGCUGGGGGGCUCUUGGGUCAUCAUCCUGGGCCCCCCUUAAUACAUCUCCAAAGGGUGGGAGUCGAAGGGGUCAGAACCCCUCCACCCAACUGCUCCUGGUGGGGGAUUCUUGGGGGGUGCUUGCUUAUCCCCCGCCUGCCCCCCUGACUCACUUCUUGCCUUUCAGCAAUGUGAGUUGUGGGACUGGGGGGGGGGGGCAUCCUCUUGAGAAUGCCUGGGUCAGCCAAAGCACUGCUUUCUCCUUGGUUCCUGGUGUGGGGCAGCAGCUGCAAUUGUGUGUGUGGGCGGGGGGGGGGUGUCUCCUUUCCUCCCCCUUGCAAGUCUGCCUUGCCUGGACAGAUGUGGGGUGCCACAUUCCUUCCCCCAGAGCCAAACUCUUUCUGACCAUCACUCCUGACCUCUGGCGCCAGCUGCCAGCCCACGCCACACAUUCGGACACGGGGGGCGCCCCGCCCGCCUCUCUCGCUGCAAACCAACCAACUGCCAGGGCUCCACAGUGUCUUAUCGGUUUCAGGUCAGCAUCUCACUCCCCCCCACCCCCCGCUGCCUCAGAGGAUGCCCUUCCUGCACAUGCUGGGUCCAAUGUUGUGUCCCUGUGUGUUUAUGAUGAGUAAUAAAGAUACUGAGCAACUCUA